AUGAACAAUUUCCAUGGCACCAUACCACAAUCAUUAGCUAAUGACCUCUUUCAAUACCUUGACCUUAGUGGCAAUAAGUUGGAAGGGUCAUUACCACAUAUGUUGGUUAAUUGUAGUCGCCUGGAAGUUCUAAAUGUUGGAAACAACAUGAUCAAUGAUACUUUUCCUUAUUGGUUAGCAAACCUUCCGGAAUUGCAAGUUUUGACAUUGAGAUCUAAUAGAUUUCAUGGUUUCGUUGGCAAACCCAAGACAAGAUUAGCAUUUCCGAAGUUGCGAAUACUUGACAUCUCUCACAAUCAAUUCACAGGUAUUUUGCCAACAAGGUAUUUUGAGAAAUUUAGUAUGAUGUGUGGUAAGAAUCAUGAAGGUGAAUUGGAAUAUAUGAGAGAAUAUCCAAAAACAUAUGCUUCACGCUAUUGGAAUGCGCCGAUCUAUGUUCAAUACUAUUCCAUUAGUUUGACGGUAAAAGGCAUUGAUAGAAAAAUUGACAAGAUUCUAACCAUUUUUGUAAUAAUGGAUUUGUCAAGCAACCAAUUUCAAGGGCAAAUACCAACAGUAAUUGGAAAGCUUAAUUUUCUCCAAAUCCUCAACUUUUCUCAUAAUAACCUUAGAGGUCAUAUUCCACCAUUAUUGGGAAAUUUGACAAGUCUUGAAUCAUUAGACCUUUCCUUCAACAAGCUUGUUGGAGAGAUUCCUAAUCAGUACGUAAGUCUGACAUUUCUUUCUGUGUUGAAUCUUUCAUACAACCAGCUUGUGGGAUCUAUACCUCAAUGA